AUGAACGGGACGGGCCGGGAGCCGUGCGAGCGCGGCGAGGCGCUGCUGGCCGGGGCCCGGCCGCUGGUCAGCGCCCUGAUGUUCUCCGCGGGGCUCCUGGGCAACCUGCUGGCCCUGGGGCUGCUGCUGCGCUGCCGCCGGCCGCCCCGCGCCCGGCCUCCUUCCCUCUUCCACGUCCUGGUGCUGGCCCUGGUGGUCACCGACCUGCUGGGCACCUGCUCGGUCAGCCCCUUGGUGCUGGCCUCCUACCACCGCAACCUCACCCUGACCGCCCUGGCGCGGGGAGGGCACAUCUGCCUCUACUUCGGCUUCUCCAUGAGCUUCUUCGGCCUCGCCACCAUGCUCAUCCUCUUCGCCAUGGCGCUGGAGCGCUGCCUGGCGCUGGGGCGGCCCUACUUCUACGAGCGCUUCCUCAGCCCCCGCACGGGCUUGGUGGCCCUGCCCGCCAUCUACACCUUCGCCGCCGCCUUCUGCUCCCUGCCCUUGGUGGGCUUCGGGCGCUACGUGCAGUACUGCCCCGGCACCUGGUGCUUCAUCCAGAUGUACCUGGACGACGGCCGGCACGCCGGCGGCGCGGAGGCGGCCGGGAUGCACGUCACCUUCUCGCUGCUCUACGCCACCUUGCUCCUGCUCCUCAUCCUCUCGGUGCUGCUCUGCAACCUCAGCGUCAUCAGCAACCUGGCCCGCAUGCACCGCCGGGGGCAGAAGACCCGCCGGCUGGCCACGCCGGAGCAGCCCCGGGCGGUGGGGGGCGGCGGGCGCUGCAUGUUCUCCAUGGCCGAGGAGAUCGACCACCUCCUGCUCCUCUCCAUCAUGACCAUCACCUUCGUCAUCUGCUCGCUGCCCUUCACGGUCUGCGCCUACAUGAACAAGUUCAGCAAGGGCAAGAACUACGACUGGGACCUCCUGGCGCUGAGGUUCCUCUCCAUCAACCCCAUCCUCGACCCUUGGGUCUUCGCCAUCCUGCGGCCGCCGGUGCUGCGGGUCCUGCGCUCGGUGCUGUGCUGCCAGCUGUCCCCCGCCAGCCAGGACGCGCACGCCCCGUCCCCCGCAAAGACGAAACUGGAGACGAGGCUGGACCCCGGCGGGCAGUAGAUCCCCCAGGAGAUGUUGCCAGGCUGGGCUGGCUGGGGCGCGGUGCAGCCCUCGCGGGUGUUACCGAGGUUUUAUGGCCCCAAAAGAGAUGUCCCCGCUGUAGGGUGGGACGGGGCUGCGCCCGGUGCCGCCGCGUGUCCGGGGAGAAGCUGGUGCGGUGUCCCACAGGGCAGAAAGUGCUCGCUGUGGGAUGGGACCGGGGCACCUGGAUGUCACUACCUCCAUCGGACGGGGCCAUCCCUGCCCUGCGAUGGAUGCGUGCCGCGUUCGGACACAUCGCAGAGGGGCUGGAGUACCGGGUGACUUGCUGGGACACCGCAGCCGCUGCGUGCAUGACUGCGGCUGGCCAAAGGGGACGUUUCUCAGGCUUCGAGCAUCUCCAGCCACCUUCUGCCCCUUCCACCUGCAUCCCCCGUGGUGGGGUUGCUGGGGACAGCCCGGGUGCCUUUUUGCCACUUUCCUCCCAAGCCGUGUCCCCGGGGUCACUGCGUGGUGGCUCAGCCCUGGCCGCAGCCAGCCGGGGCACCGGGGACCGGGCAGGAGAGGAGGCAGCUGCUGCGUAGGGGAGGAAGAAGCGUUCGCCCCUCUUCUUUCUUCCCCCUUAGCCUGGCAGCCUGCUUGCCCAAGGAAAAGCACUUUAUGGGGUGUAGCUCUGUGUGUCUGUGUCUGUCCCCCCCCGCUCCCGGCAGUUUUAAGGCUCCGGUCAGUGCCAGCCCAGCGUGUCCGAGGGGCGCUGGGCAGAGAGAAGCUGAGCUUUGGUUUUUCCGUGUGCUGCCACGGCAUGGGGAACCGCAGGGCUCCCCAUUUCCACUGCAUUUUGCAAGGGGCUUGCUUUGUCCCGCGGGAAUACAGAGCCAGGAGCUGGAGGUUUUGGUCGCAGCCACGCGUCUCCCCCGUGCCCUGAUGGGUUUGGGGUUGGCGUGAAGGAGGAGGGCUCAUCCUCGUGGUUCCCACCGGGGCAAGGAGCACCAAACCCCGCUGCCUUCCCCAAGGGGGGACCUGCCCUGCCCGGUGGCACUGCCACCCUCCGAGCCACCUCUGGGCUUGUCCCGGUGCUUGUCCCGCUGCUGCUGGGGAGCUGCAGCGUCCCCCGGCCGUGGCGUCCCCGUGCUAUCGCAGGUGGAGUGCCCUGUCUGCCCGAGAGCUGCAGCUCUGCUCAGAAAGCCCAAACGUGCCAAGUAUUGGUGCUUUCGUCCGUGCCGGCGAUGCGAAAAAGCCCUCUUGUAAUAAAUGUCAUUGCAAGGACC